ACCGUGUCACGCAGCUUAGAGGGAACAGUGCUCAUAAUGCUUUCCAUGGUCAGGAAGAGGCGCAGACCCUGUCGUGGCUCUUGAUUGGGACGUUGCUGGAUGACGUAAUUGUUCUUGCCACACUGAGCGCGGAGGCUGCUGGGUAGAAAGGUCAAGAAUCGAUGGCCGCGCCGGACGCGGUGGGCUGUGUUCAGGGAACUGUUGGCUUUAUGGGGCCGAUGGAAACUCACGAAAGGACCACACGGCGGCUUUAACGGAGAGCCGCGCUGGGCGUCGCUUAUAUUCCGGGGAAACGCUGAGCUCGUCGUGCUUUGAUUUCCUGACUCUCUGCCUCCCUAACAGACUCAUUGUUGUUGUUUUGGCUUCAUCCGUCGGACACACACACGCUGCUCCCCGAGAUCCUCCCCCGUCUGAGACCGGAGUCCAGACUGCCAGAGUGAUGGUCUGCUGUCCGUCCCUGGAAGAUGGAUGAGAAAUCCAGCAGCAGCAGCCACCACAGGCUUCUGAUCGUCCUGCUCAUGGUUAUGCUCUUUGGCGUAAUUAUGGUCCAGUAUGUGUGCCCGAGCAGGUCUGAGUGCCAGGCGCUGCACCGGCUGGGAUCCUGGUUUAACAGCGGCAAAGCGACUGGGACCCGGGUAGGGGACAGCGAACUCCCGGACGGGUUUCAGAAGGAUCCGUACAUUGCGGAAGACGGCGCUAUGGCCCGGUUUGUCCCUCGUUUUAACUUCACCAAAGAAGACUUAAAUCGCGUCGUAGACUUCAAUAUCAAAGGGGACGAUGUCAUAGUGUUUCUGCACAUUCAGAAGACAGGGGGGACGACCUUUGGGCGACAUCUGGUGAGAAAUAUCCAGCUAGAGAGACCCUGCGAGUGUCACGCAGGUCAGAAGAAGUGUACCUGUUUCCGUCCAGGUAAAAAGGAAACCUGGCUCUUCUCCCGUUUCUCCACCGGAUGGAGCUGCGGCCUCCACGCAGACUGGACUGAGCUGACUAGCUGUGUCCCAUCACGCAUGGACUCCCGAGAGGCUCCGAGGAGUCUGCCCAGCAGGAACUAUUAUUAUAUCACCAUCUUAAGAGACCCUGUAUCACGCUACUUGAGUGAGUGGCGUCACGUACAGCGCGGCGCCACGUGGAAGGCCUCAUUACACGUGUGUGAUGGACGUUCACCAACGCUGUCAGAGCUGCCAAGCUGCUAUUCAGGAGAUGACUGGUCAGGCUGCUCCCUGCAGGAGUUCAUGGACUGUCCCUACAACCUAGCCAACAACCGGCAGACCCGCAUGCUGGCUGACCUCAGCCUGGUUGGCUGCUACAACGUUUCCACCAUGAGCGAGGAGGAGCGCUGGGCAGUGCUUUUGGAGAGCGCCAAACGCAACCUGCGGGGCAUGGCCUUCUUUGGACUGACCGAGUACCAGCGUAAGACCCAGUACUUGUUCGAGCGCACCUUCAACUUGGAGUUCAUCGCGCCCUUCACGCAGCUCAACGGCACACGCGCCUCCAGCGUGGAGGUACCUCCAGAGACGCAGCGCAGAAUCCGCCAGCUGAACCGAUGGGACGUAGAGCUAUACGAGUACGCCCGCGACCUUUUCCUGCAGCGUUUCCAGUUGGCGAGGCAGCAGGAGCGCAGGCAGGCCAGGGAGAGGCGACAACAGGAGAGGAGGCGGCUCCGUGGUGGGCUCAGAACAAACCAAGGGAGGCAGCUGAAGCCCACAGAAACGCCGCGUCCCACCAACAGCCGCUCUGUUGUAACCGAGGAGCGGCGGAGAGAAAAGCCUGCUGAGGACAGCGUGGCGUCUGAAGUGCCACUCCCAGACUGGUGGGAUCUGGAUGAGAAUAGCACUUUAGAGGACUAUUUAGACAAUGUGGAACAGUGGUAGCGAUGGGUACGAGCAGUGGGGUGUCUUAAUGCUAAGUGUGCCAACUUCUGCCUUGUCUGUUUUCAUAUAUCCAAGUUAUUUUUAGCAUAUACCUUCCACAGAUGUCCUAUUGAACAGUCUUAAACGACACAUUAUUUAUAUUGAUUAUAUUUCUUUCCCACAUGGACUCACAGAAAGGCAAGCUAUAUCGGUCUCAGUGAUGGUACUUAACCUUCAACACUACAUAUUGAACCUACCUGAACUCCUAAUAUAAUGUAGCUAAAACAACAAAUUGUUGUUUUAUUCCUCUUUGUUGCAAAGGUACACUUUAAUAUGUUUUUCUAUUUAAGAAAACAAACACUGUUUCUGGUGAUUAAUAAUCUAUAUGUUUGCCAAAUCAUUGUCUGGUCUGCGGUGUGUACAUUUCGAAAUGUACCUGUGAUCUCAAGUGUCUUUUUAGUAACAGAAAAUGAGAAUGGAGUUUUUUUUAGAUACCUCAAUGUAUAACAUUAGCUGCUAAAGUUGUACAAUUACUGAAUGUGUCUGUUUUGCUUUUUGUUUUUAAUAUAAAACAAAUGCUGUUGCAUCUGCUGAAUUGCUCUUCUGUUCUUCCCAAAUGGAGAUGUCUCCUUUUUCCUCGCUGAUAUCCUUUUGUCUGCGAAUGCAACACAAAAGAGUGCACGCUUUUGUGUUGCACGUGCAGACCUUUGAAAAACCAGCAGGGAGCGCUGAAGCAACUUUAAUGAAACAGCAACUUCCUGAUACUCACGGAGGUAAUAGCUUUUUCUUGAAUUCGGUUGGGUAGUAUUAAGAUCAUCUUUAAAAGCACCUCGGAAAAUUUGAUGUGUAUAAAAUAUUAAAUAAAUGUUUAGCACAGCAAAUGGAAAAUUAUUAUUUGGAGUUUACCAGAUUGUGAAAAGUUAUUGGCUACUCUUUGAUUUAAUACUAGUAACUUUUAGAAAUGUAUAAGGUUGUUGACAGGAAUCUAAAAUCCUGAUAAGCAGGCGUAUAUUACUCCAGUGUACCUUGUUUGAAUGCUAGUUUAACUCAAAAUGAGUACACUUGCAGAUAAUUAGGCUAAACAACAAAUCAUUUUAGGUAUUUUUAAGGAACUAACAUUUUAACACACUUUUUUAAAAGUGUAUUAAAAACAUGGUACCACUUCACUAUUGCUAUGGUAGCCUCUGUACUAUACCACAGUCGUUUUUAUAAACAGCCCCCCAUUUUCAGAGGCUUCUGAUAAGUAGUUUCAUGGUCAGGCAAGACAUGUAACUCGAUUCAAAGUGUUAAAUUUAUACUUUAAAGCUUUAUAUUUUUGAAAAGGAGGCCCAAAGAGAGAGAGGUCAUCAUCAAAAUAAAUCUAUCAGAGAGAUGGCAUAAACUUUAGGAGUCACCGAAUAAACAAUCUGGUGAAUUGUUAAAAACAAUGAAUGUACUGACCAGAUCGGCGACACCAAAAAGCCUGAAAAGACCACAGAAGAAAACUAAAGUUAUUUCUAUAGUUAAGAAAAACAACUCUAACAUCUAAAAAGUCAAGAACACUCUCGAGGAGGCAUAUCAUUGUGAAGGUCAACAAUCAAGAAUGUAAAUACAGAUUAUUUACAGCAAGGUGAAAACUACCAGUAACAAUCAAAUCCAGGAAGGUCAGAUUAGACUUUGCCA